AAAACGGUGUGAAGUUAUCUUCAAAACCCCUUUUUCCAGUUGCAGACUGGGGCCCUUCAUCCUCGUGCUGUGGCAAUUCAGUGAAGCCUUAAUGCCGAGGAUGAACUGGUGUUUGCCUGGUGCUGCUGUCGUCUUUGCCUUCCCCUGCACACCCUUGUUUAUUCUGCAUUUCCCAUCAUCUUUUCUGCCAGGGUGACUAAACCAGAAGCGUAACCCACCCGUUACACACAAGACAGGAUGGAUUUGGUUUUCCUUUGUGCAGGAGAGUGGGCAAUGUUACUUAGCUGAAGUACUGACGAUUCCCUCCCAAUUCCACUCAUAAUUUCUGUCUUUCUGACGUUUUUAAUUUUAGGGCAAGACGUCCAUGGAGCCUUGGAGAAUCCCAUGGUGGAUACAAGUAUGUUGGAAGAAUUCAUCAGUAGUGACGCAGAGUUUGGAACUUUGCAAAGCCAGUUGCCAGACUCCCCACCGGACUCUGGAUCGGAACCGUGUUCUCCGCCACAGCUCCAGACCCUGUGGUGUGACGCUACGUGGCCCGGUGGACUGCAGCCUCCGCUCCCCUGCCCAUCUGCUGGGGUACCCAGCAAGCUUCCCUGCAGGUUCAUGGAGACUUAUCCCGACCCCGGUGCCGGUGGGCAUCCCUGCACCAUCCCCCCGGGCUGCUGCCUGAAGACAGAAAGUGCUGUGACUCCUUGGAAUAAUUCUGCAGCCUCCAGCUGUUUGGGGUUUAAUUAUUCAUCCUUUCAGCCAAAUGCAUCUCAGAUUUCUGGUAUUUCUGCAGCAUCAGGCAAAAAAAGGAAGCUCUCACAAUUACUGGGUGAUGCCCCUGAUUCUCCAUUCCAGUCUCAGGACUCCAGGCAAGAAAGCAUUAACCAGUCAACCAGAUGUAGCGAUGAAUGCGUUUGCUAUUGGAAAACUGUGCCUCCUGCUCUGGAACAAAGUACCUGUUGCACAACUGUUAAGGACUUUGCAGCUGAAGUGCAAGAAUAUGACAGUGAUGGACAGAAUGUAGCUUUGGAAAAAUGCUGUCAAGCUCUAACAUGGCAACCGUAUCAAAUUUCUCAGUGGAACAGCUUAUUUAACUCUAAUUAUGAAAAACUACCUGCUGUAGGAUAUCACAUUGUCACAGAUAAAGGAUUUAAUUUUUCAACAACAGAUGAUGCCUUUGUGUGCCAGAAGAAGAAUCACUUCCAAAUCACAGUCCAUAUUAGAAUCACUGGACAUCCAAAAUAUGUCAAAACUCAGCUGGGGGGGAAACCAAUAGAAAAGUUUUACUUGAAAGCUUUUGGAAUAAAGGUGGAAGCUCCAAAUCAAACAAUUGCUAUUGAACAGUCUCAGUCGGAUCGAAGCAAAAAAACUUUCCAUCCUGUUAAAGUUGAUCUGCCAGGGGACCAGAUAACUAAAGUAACACUGGGAAGGUUGCAUUUCAGUGAAACAACAGCAAAUAAUAUGAGAAAAAAGGGGAAACCUAAUCCUGACCAGAGAUACUUCAUGCUGGUAGUCGGACUGUAUGCUGUCUCUCAGGACCAAUUCUACUUGCUGUCUGCAAAUAUCUCUGAAAAGAUCAUUGUGAGGGCAUCUAACCCAGGGCAGUUUGAGAAUGACAGUGAUGUACUGUGGCAGCGAGGACAUGUUCCAGAGACAAUAGUCUAUCAUGGUCGAGUAGGAAUUAACACAGAUGCACCAGAUGAAGCACUGGUUGUCUGCGGAAAUGCAAAAGUUAUGGGCAGAGUCAUGCAUCCAUCUGACAGCCGAGCAAAACAGAAUAUCCGGGAGGUUGAUACGAAUGAGCAGUUGAGAAGAAUAACACAAAUGAGGCUGGUGGAGUAUGACUACAAGCCUGAAUUUGCAUCUGUUAUGGGAAUAAAAAAUACCCAUGAAACAGGAAUAAUAGCCCAGGAAGUGAAGGAGCUUUUACCUCAAGCUGUUAGAGAAGUUGGAGAUGUUGCCUGUAAUGACGGAGAAAAAAUAGAAAACUUCCUCAUGGUUGACAAGGAUCAGAUCUUUAUGGAGAACGUUGGUGCUGUAAAGCAGCUUUGUAAACUGACCAACAAUCUCGAAGUCAGAAUAGAAGAAUUGGAACAGUGGAACAGGAAACUGGCCAGGCUGAAACGGAUGAGCAGUUUAAAGUCAACAGUCAGUGAAGAGAGCAAAGUCAGCAGGUAUAGUCGAGCUACUAGUCUUUUGCCAUCAAAAAAAUCAGUCCCGCUGAAAUCCAGCAAGGUUUGUUUGUCAAAGACGAAAGAGUCUUGCUCCGUGAAGAUGUUCCGGGUGACCAUAAUAACUUUGAUUGCUAUUAUGGCACUAUGUGCUUUGACAAUAUCAACCCUAUAUUUACUUAGCAUUCAUGACAGACGUUUUGAAAAUCAUCCGAUUUACAGCAGUACCUCAAGUUCUGUUCUACUCUCUCCCUCUGCCACUACAGCAGCAUUGCAGGGGGAAAGCACAAUUUCUCAGAGCACGCAACCCAUCAGCAGGAUCCCUGAAGUGAAUUUCUGUGACAUUUUGCCUUGUGACAAGGUCUAUUGUUGUCCAAUUCAUCAACCAAAAGUCAGAUCUCUAAGUUACGAGAAAACCAAUGCAAAGGAGAAACGAAACAGAAGUGACAUGUUACCUGAACGAGAUCCAGUCAAAAAAUCUAAUGGAAGACCUGAUCUUGGAAAUGACUGGAUUGAUACAACAAUCAGUUCUAUACAGAUUUUGGAAACUCAGCAAAGCAUUGACAAUCGCUAUUGCAGUAAAAAUCUACAGUGCAGGUCCGGAAAUUACAGCUAUAUUAUUCCUGUUAACAAAUACACACCCAUGGAUGUAGAAAUCUCACUGGAAAUAAACACCACAGAACCAGUAAUUAUAUUUCUCUGCAAAGUCACAUUUGGAAAUUAUUGCUCCUAUUAUUCUUCAAGCCAAAACAGUAGGAAGGAUUUCCUAGAAACCACACAGGGACGUCAGCAUAUUUGGACUCUCCCCGUAGCUAACCUGUAUGACAGCGCAUACUAUUUCCGUGUAGCUGCACCGGGUUUUGCAGGCUGCUCGACAGAUCCUUAUUUUGCUGGAAUGUUUUUUACUGAUUACUACUUCUAUUUUUAUCGGCAGUGUAACUAAAAUGUCGCUGAUCAUUCUAUUCUUUGGGGAAAAGACAAGGAAGCUCUUGAUAUGAAAAAGAGACUUGUGAAUGGCCCUGGAUAUUUUUUUAAACCUCUUGCUGAGUUGUAUGGCACCUUCUUUUUUGUUUCACUUUUAAAUUAAAAAGAAAAGGAGAAAAAUGAAGUGUUUGACAACAACCAUAGCUCUGCAUUUCCAGGAACUGUUUCUAAAAGGAUGUGAGGCAAUGGAGUAUAUGACGUGUAAAUAAAUAAUCCCAUUGAUCAUAGUGAAGUUAUAUGAUAUUGUACAUAUAGCAGACAAGAACAAACGGGUAGGAGCUCUGCUGAGCUGGGAUACACUCCAGUCCUCAGAAGAUGGUAAGAUAAUAAAAUGUUAUUUGCAGUCAGGAGACCUGCUUCUGUCCUACAGGCAUAUACCUCCUUUUAGUAUCUGCUGCCCUUUAUUUAUAUAUAAAUCUACUUUUUUUCCCCCUAACAAAACCAAAAGCAAACAAAACUUUGAGAGAGAAAUGUGGCACUGUGCAAACGCCCUCUAAAAUAAGUGCUGUAAAUUAGGGAACAACAGGUCAAUUCUACGGUGUGUGUAAGUAUUUCCAUUUCAGAAAGCAGUACCAUCAUUACCAUUACAAUUGUGUGAUUUAACGUCACUGCUGCUGUUUGAAUGAGAUAUGUUUCAGCUACCCUUUUUAUUUUUUUUUAACUGUACAGCAGGAAUGAACUAUUUACUCCUAAGUUCAGGUUAUUUUUUUCUUGGUGUCUGUGAUUUGUGCUAGUGUGAUGAAAAAACAGAAAUAUUUGAGAAGACUAAUGUCUUGCCUGCACAGCUUUCUAAGAUGGAUGUGGGUACACACUUGCAUGGGAGAAAUCUUUCUGUUUACAUUUAGGAAAUACAUUUUUAAGGUAUAUGCCCAGCUGGGUUUUGAUAAUGCUUCCAGAGGCCCCUGUGCAGUUUUCUCUUCAAUUACUGCCUCCCCUCUGGGAAGAUUUUACAUUUCCAAAUGUGCUGAAAAGCACAUUUCCCACAUCUACUUUAACAGUGCUAACAGAGCUCCCUCCCCAGGCUCUGGAGACUCCCAGGACACACAGGAUAAGCCUGCGUUUUUGGCAACAAAUGCAGGAAGAUAGCCAGUAUGGAGCAAGAACUGUGUGAAUUUGCUUCUACUGAAUGCUGCAUCGUGCUAAGGAUUCAAGCCCAGAAAAGAGGGAACAGAGAAACCGACAGAUGGAGAAGGAUGCAGCCGAAGGAAUUGCUCCGUGAAGGAGCCUCUUUAACCUGUGAGGCUGCUUUGUACUCGCUAUUUUUACUUCCAUUUGAAUUAUAAUGUCAAAGUAACUAAAAUAACCAAAGUACAGACAGUCAUACUUAAAGGAAAGGACACAAUUAAGGAUUUGCCUGCUUGAGGAGAAAGUAAGGGCGCUUCGUUACCUUAGGCACAAGCUAGAUGGUGCUAGAGCAUGUGAGUAGGAUGAUGUUCAUCUAUCAGCUGUGUGAAAUUAAAAUGUGAUGGUCAAAAGAGACUGUACUAAGGGAAACUCUUCAGCGUUACAGGCUUUUUAACACCUGGUGUUGCCUGCUACUUUUGUUCUGACUGUGUAAAAGUAGUUUCUACUUCCCCUGAGCCUCUCA